AUGGGCGCCCAUUGGCAAAGCCCCAUCGGCCGGCACCAGGGCCAACUCGUGUUCCCAGGGGCCGUGUGCUCCACAGAUGCCCCCUUCAGCAGUUGGGUGAGGGCCCAGGGGCCAGGCGGGUGGGUCACAGGCCACAAGCCACAAACCACAGGUGCAACAGAAGCCGCGCCCGCCGGCCCCCAGCCGGCCUUCUCCCGGGCAGAGCCCCCUGCCAGCAGCCCCGCAAGCUGCCUUUCUUCGGAGCAUCCCGGCCUCGGCAAACAGCCGACUGCUGAGCCAGGACGGGCUUGUCUGCAGCCCCUCUGCGGCCUGUCGAGAAGCCAGGAGGUGAUCCGAGAGCUACCCGACUCCAGAUCCUUGGCUUUGGGCCUCCUUGGCAGGAGGAAACUCCUCUCGGACCUCCGCCUAGAGCUUGAAGUUCUUGGAGGCGCCUUGGAGCCAGCACGCUGGCCCCAGGGACCCUGCAGCACGGAGCAGCCCUCAAAAGCCUGUCUUCGGAAUCCCUGCUGGAACCAGUACCUGCAAGGAGCAGUGGACGAGGAGCAGAGUGCAAAGCUGCCUCCCCCGCGCCGUGGCUGGUCAGGAGCCAGGCUGGUGAGGAGCUGUGCUGCACUUGAAGGCCGCGGCCUGGGACUCCUCCAGUUCGGCCUAGGAAAAGGCCUGGUGGAGGGAAGCAUCACAGGGCCGGGCCUCAUUUCCUUGUAUGCCAUUCCUCUCUCUACUCCAAUAGUAAAACGUUUUGCAGACUCCACAUAACAGCUAGCGAUACUUUUAUUAUCUGUCGAUCAGGAACAGAAAAGGGCGAACAGCCACGUAAAUAUGGCAGACCGCGCUUGGUGUGCACAGGGCUCCGCGGGCUCCCGGCCUCAGUGGCCCCUGGUCCUCCACUCGGCCUACGUUCCCCGAGGGCCCAGUGCGGGCCAGGCCUGUGUUCCAUGCUGGGCCCGAAACGACAAGAAAGACAUGGCCCCUGCCUUCUGUGAGUGCACAGUCUACUAGGGGAGGCAGAUGGGAACUGCGCAUGGUCUUCGAGAAAGUACCACGGGGCUGAAACCCGGGUGUCAGCAGGUUUGUGCUUUCUCUGAAGGCUCUAGGAGAGGAUCCUUCCGCACGUCCUCCAGCUUCUGGUGGUGCCUUGGCUCGUGGCCGCGUCCCUCCAGUCUCUGCCCCCCGUCUUCACAUGGCCUCCUCGUUCUCCUCUGCAUUGCUCCUCUUCUUAGGACACUUGUCAUUAGAUUUAGACCCCCCACCCCCAGAUAAUCCAGGAUGAGCUCAUCUUGAAAUCCUUAACUUGAUUUCCUCUGCAAAGACCUUUUCCCAAAUCAGGUCACAACCACAAAUCCUCCCUGGCCAAGUAAGUAAAUAAAUAAAAGCAAAAGAGAAAGAAAAGAGAAGAGAAGAAAAGAAAAGAAGAGUCCCAUGAGAGAUAAUGUAUAUUCUUCCAUUCAGCCACCAGAGGUGUAUUCCCAAAGUCCAGCUUGGUUCCUGCCCUUACUCACAAGCCUGUGAUAGCUCCCUAGUACCUGCGAGAUGCUAUCUGAGCCACUCAGUCUGGCUCUCAGCAUCAGGUGGCCCCAGCCUACCUCUCCAGCCACGCUCUCCCCACUCCCCCACCCAUCCUCACGCACAUCCAUACCCCAUAUCAGUCCCUUUUCUCCCCAGCUUACCCUGGCGUCCUCUGUCCCUGGGCCUCUGCUCGCUUCUUCCUCACCUAGGAUGUUUUCCACACCUGCUCACCUUCUUUCCACCUUACCAGGCUCAGCUCAAACCCCACCACUUCCUAGAAGCCUUCCUAGCCCUGCAGAGCUGAGAAUGACUCCCUCUGCCCUAGUCCCUUCCCGUGGGUCCACGGGUCCAUAUCAGGGUGGCCAAUUCUCCUAACUAGGAUUCUCUCCCCCGGGGGAUGGAGUUGAACUUGCCUUCCAGUCCCCGACACUUCGCACAUGAUAAGAUACGCAAUGGACUUUUGCAGAAAGGAAUUGAAGGGGAUGUGUGCAUCUUACUGCUUCGUCCAUUGCUUAGUUGGCAAGGAAGUUAACCAAUUCCUAGAGCGGGGGAAAGGUAGGAAAACCAGCUGAGAUAAAAGGGGUCCAGAGUCACCCAGCAUAGCACGUGGCUUCCAAAGUUCCUGACUCCUGCCCUGGCCUUGCCUGCUGCCCCUUUUCUGCAGGGUGCCCCAGUCUAGAAUCUCUCAGGCACCCCCUCUUGCCUUGGCACAAGGAUUUGGGGUUCAUUCUGUUGACACCUGAGAUGAGUGCAGAUCUUGCUCAGACUGCCCGAGGCUGUGCAGAUGUCCCCCAAGCCCACUUCCUGCUUCCUCCUUGUUUCAACCAAAGCCAGACCUCUUCCUCUCAGCUCCUCUGGCUGCUGGAAUGUAAGCCCCGCCCCCCAGGCCAUAGCUAGACAUCAUACCCAAACCCAACUCAACAGCACCCCUGGAGUCUGUGCCCAGAACCUCCCUGACAAGCCCUCCUUCUCAGGAUACACAGUCCAGGGUGGCCAUCCUCAGCCACCCCCUCGAGUCCUGCCUACUCAGGGACUGGCUGGUUUUGUCCCCAGCUUCUUCUUGGCCCCCAGCCUCUACCCACCUGCUCCCAUGGGAGCAUCAGCCCAAGGACUCCAUCCCGCCAUCACUACGGUGUAGGGAGGGGACAGAGCAUGAACUCUGACAUCAGUCCUAGGGUCACAUCCCAGCUCUGUCUUCUACUUGCUUGUGACCUGCUCUGAGCCUCAGGUCCCAAUGAACUCGUUCAUUCACUCACUCACGAAAAAAAUCUUUAGGGAUGCCAGGCAUACUAUGUGCUAGGGAUCGAGGGUGCAGCGGUGAGAAGGACAGAAAUUCUGCCCUCCUCGGGAGCUCACAGCUUGGUCUUGUGAGGCGCUAGACAUGCAAAUAAUAAUGAUGGAAGGAGACCAGGGCUAUAAUGUUGGGGCCCCGUGCUGGGCUGAUGUGAGUGAAGAGCCGCUACCAAUUUCCCACUCUCAAGCAUGAUGUUAUAAAAACUCAGCGAAGAGCUGGGGGCUAAAGAAUUCUGCAGUUGCGGGGCACCUGGGUGGCUCAGUC